UGGCUUUAUGUUUGGUUUGCCAGUACCCCCCCUCUCCCCGCCUUCGUCCUGCUAAUCUUGAACUGUUAUUAGGUUUUCCUACACGGAGCUGGCCGCAGACCGCUGAGUCCCGGCUCAUUAUGUAAUUGCGGACCAGCGCUUUUCAUUAAUCAGGAACUCAUUGCUCCGAAUUGCAAGAAUGUCUGAAUUUGAGGACAUGGAUCUGGCGGCAUGGAAAGUCACCUCGGGAAGGGCUGGAGGAACUCGGUCAAGGGUUUGGAGGUUUAUUAGAGAAUCGUAGAUGUUGCGUCCAGUUUCAGAUCUUGUGGUGCGCCGCGGAUAUGAUGCACUGUCCUGGAUUUAGCGAUUAAUUUCUAUUGUCACAAUGGACGUGGUUCUGGUUUUUCUAUUUAUGGAGAAAUGUGUCCCUCGAUCCAAAAUUGUCGUGUUGUCGUUUUCGCUUUACUAUGUAUUUUCUGUGCUCUCUUUUCUACCUCCUUAAUAUCGAGUUUUUCAAUAAGCGCAUGUCAGGUUGUGCUGGUUAUCAUCACCAGCCGCGGUUGUGAUCGAGUGGGAGUUGGAGCUUCGGCGAUUAGUGUGAAACUAGUAGUAUGUUUCCAUAUUGCGAUUGUAUUGCUUGUGUUCCGUGACGAACUCCUAUACCUUGAGGAGUUGGUCUUUACACACUAAAUUUAGAUUUUAUUUUUUGUUUCAGUGAAAAUCAAAAUAUCAUUUUAUUGUAGGAGAAGACACCGUACGUGAGUUAAAGAACGUGGGAGCAAGUGAGGGAAGUCAAUGUGAGAGGAGGAGUGGCGAUCGUGGAAGUAUGUAAAACUCUGGGAUGAUUCCGUGUGUGUGCAAGUGUGAUUUUUCUCACAAGCUUUUCAACCGCUUGGAUUCUGCCUCACCUUCCGCUGCGACUUGGGAGGACUUUGAUGUUUUGGUCCUUCCCCCGUGCUUGUGCAUUGGCGUAAGCUAUUUCCGUCGCAGAGAGUCAACCUUCUGUGGACAGGCAUGUCGGUUUCAGAUUUGGUGGUGCCGUGACAUUGUGGGCUUGUACUCUCACCUCUCAAAGCCGUGGAUCGUGAAUCACAGUCAACCAGGAAAUGGAAUUCCGGAUUUAGUGUCUCGUGUAUUGGUUUUGAAGGACAGGAAACUGAUUCGCUCUUCCACUUUGGGUGAAGACAAGAUUGUUGGCUACUUUAGGUGGCCGAAACUUAUUCACCAGUGUCGCGGUAGAGGACACAGGUGAAGAAUCAUGGCGACUAGGGCAAUUCGGGUUCUUAGUUCUUCAGAAAUUGAAGAUGCUGAAAUUGGAUUACUAGAUGAUUUUAAAGCGGGAAACGGGCACAAUGUUGUGAAUGGAGUUGCCAAUGGAACAUCGUCUGCGCCUCUUAUUAGUCCGGCUAGUUCUUUACGAAGAGGUGGCUACGCCAGCAAGUCGAGUCCGGCAAUUCGGGGCCUGGAUGAUGUCGAAGUUGGACACGAAAAGCCAGAAAAGCCAGCGCGGUCUCGGAAUCAGUCGUUCGUGUCCGGCUUGGCCUACUGUAUAUCGUCAUGUGGGAUGAUUCUACUGAAUAAAACGGUUUUGUCCGGUUAUGGUCUCAAGGGCGGGAUUGCGCUAAUGUUUUAUCAGAAUGUAAUUAGUGUCUUGCUGGUUGUUCUCUUGGAAUUUUCUGGAGCUAUAGUAACUGAGCCUGUGACAUGGAGGCUCGUCAAAGUUUGGUUUCCUGUCAACUGUUUAUUUGUUGGCAUGCUAGUGACUAGUACCUACAGUUUGAAGUUUAUGAACGUUGCUAUGGUUACAAUUUUGAAAAAUGUCACGAAUUUAAUCACGGCUUGUGGUGAGAUCUACUUCUUCAACAAGCACCACAGCAACAAAGUCUGGGCAUCUCUUCUUCUUAUGGUUACAUCAGCGAUUAGCGGAGGAAUUACGGACCUUUCUUUUCACGCUGUAGGUUACGCGUGGCAAAUAGUGAAUUGCUUUUGUACAUCCGCGUAUUCUUUGCGCCUGAGGAAAGUGAUGGACCUAGCAAAACAGAAAACGGUUUCAGGCACCUUGAAUGAGUUCUCAAUGGUUCUGCUAAACAAUCUGCUUUCCAUACCUUUGGGUUUCAUUCUCAUCCUUAUUUUUGAGCGCGACAUCUUCUCUAUGCCAGCAUUGCGAAUUCCCAUGUUCUGGGUAGUGGCUACUAUGAGUGGGGUGCUUGGCUUAGCUAUCAGCUUCACAUCAAUGUGGUUUUUACACCAAACUAGUCCCACAACGCACAGUUUGGUGGGUUCAUUAAAUAAAAUCCCGCUAUCUUUAGCUGGUAUCAUGAUAUUUAAAGUGCCAACAAGUGUACCGAAUAUGUUCAGUAUAUUCUUUGGACUGUUUGCUGGAGUCAUGUUUGCCAAAGCAAAGAUGUCAGGAUAAACAAGAUGGCUAAGACUAUCCUCUCGAAGCUAAGCAGUCCAGCCCCCUUCAGCAACGUACUGAUGACUACGAGUGCAACGAGAAUUGAUGCGGUUAUUUGUGUAUCCAUCUAUGACCAUAGUUUUGACAUCCGUAGGGUUAUUCCAAGGCUCGCGCAUGGUCUCUGGAUGACGCUCCACAGUAUCGUGAGAUCUAAUGUUGACAUCUAAAUGUCCUAUGCCUACUGUGGAGCUUGUUCAACUCGACGCAACUGCAGUGCUCCUCGGAUUUAGUUUGCUUAGUUCUGGUGUUCUGAAAAACCAACAAGUCUUCUUGAUUUGUUAGACGAACACCAAGACUCCAUUUAUUGUCUCAAGUAUGAGGCCCUAUUCAGGCUUACACAUCCAUGAAUUUAUACUACAAUAAGCACUUUAUUAGAAUACAAUUUAAACACGUUCUUCAUAGAU